CAUUAAUGACAUUAUAUAGCGGCUUGUUGGGUUGGGUGUUGUUGAGAUUUUAAUUCAAUACAAUACGUAAUACAUUAUUGGGUUAUAUCACACGCUGCAAUCGUUGAGUUGAAAUAGCAUACUGCACUUCAUUUAAAUAAUGGGCGAUGCUAGGAAGAAGAAGAAAUUCUAUUUUCGAAAGCGUAGAAACAAAUACUUUUUGGAACCCGGUUUUAGAGGAUUUUUCUGCACGUGUAACUUUAGGGAGAAAGAUUGUGUGAAAGAAGUGUACAAUUUGUUGAACGAGUAUGCUGGAAAACUGUAUCCUGAGCUUGGAGCCGAAGAGCUGCCGGCGUCAGCCGCGCCCACAAGCAAUGCUCCUGAAGGAACUUCGGGAAGCGAUUCCGACGAGGAGACUGACAUUGGGGAUCUACUCAAACGGGAAGUAGAAUCAAUGAAAAAAGAUUCACAGAAAUCUUUAAAGCACAAAAGAUUUCAAGUGGUUGAAACUGGUGCUUCUAAUUGCAUUUUUGUAAAGACGAAUUUGCCUAGUCCUGAAGAACUGACUACUGCUAUUAUCAAAGAUUUAUUUUCUACUAGAACACAAAAAACUCGGCAUGUGCUACGUUUGCUGCCUAUAAUGGCAACUUGUAAAGCAAAUUUGCCAGACAUAAUGGAGUGUGCGGGCAGUCUAUUUGAUAAAUAUUUCCUGAAAGAACCAUCUACUUUUGCUGUAAUAUUCAACAAACGCUUUAACAACAGUGUGUCUCGGGAGCUGAUUAUCAAGGAGCUAGCAGAUCUGAUUGUUUUGAAAAAUGGUGACAACAAAGCUGAUUUAAAAAACCCAGGCCUCUGUAUUAUUGUAGAAAUUAUCAAAGGCAUUUGCCUUCUGAGCAUUGUGGACAAUUACUUCACAUAUAAAAAGUAUAAUUUAAAUGAACUAUGUAAAGAGGAAUCAAACGAUACAGAGGCAACUCAAGCAAAAAAGUUCAAGAGUAAUGGUAACUCGAAAUCAGAGGAUCAAAGUGAACCUCAAUGAUUUUACAAAUACUGUACUUUGUAACCAAUUUAUAAACUUAUUCCUAAGUCACUGAGGCGCUAGUUUCUUUAUACCAAUUCUUACACCAAAUUUUUCUACUUACUAUCUAAACAAUUUCAUUAAAUUAUAAAUCUAUAUUAAAAUUAAAUGUGAUACUCAUGUAUUUCUUUUCAGUAGCAUCAAACCUUGACCAUUUGUGAAGGUAUUACAUAAAACACAUUUGUUAUUAUGUAAUGCUGUUAUAUAAAACAAAUGAUUGUGAUUAUACAAUGGAACUGGUAAUAAUAAACUGUUAAGUAAUAUUAUUGUUCCACAUUAUGUAACAGAAAACUGUGGGUUGUCCCAUCUCUGUUUUACUCUUGUAUAAAUUUUUGACCUUUUGUUGGUUUUGAACAAGAAUUUCACAAGAAACCUUUGAAAGUGUCCAAUAAAAUAAUAUUCCAUCGAAUG